AUGCCGGUUCGCAUCUCUGGUGUGGAUCCAGAACUGACCAAAAUUGGGCAGUUCGACGCCGUCAUGAAUUACUUGGACGUCAAAGCUCAAGAAGUAAAAGUUGACCCAGCUCAAUAUGACGUGGAGAGUUUGAAAAAAUUUCUCGUUCAUUUUCACAACAAAUAUCGUGCAUACCAUCAGGCUAAGCCAUUGUCAACAGAUAGUACAUUGAACAGUGCUGCUCAAAAAUGGGCAAACGAAAUGGCUCAUCGCAGAAAGUGUCUGAUUCAUGAGGAUCCAUCCAUAUACGGAGAAAAUUUGAGCUAUUUUGCUGCAGUCUACUUUCCUGAUCCCAAAACUUGUGCUGCCGGAAUCAUUCAAUCCUUCUACACAGAAGGAACUGGUUAUGAUUAUUCAGGCUACAACUCAAACUCCUGGACUCAAAAAGGCCAUUUCACGCAACUUCUGUGGAGAUCGAGUACCAAAAUUGGUGUGGGCGUCACUAUCGUCAAACGCGGAAGAGCUGAUCAUAUCUACGUGUGCUUGAAGUAUGAUCCACCUGGAAAUGUGCAAACCGCAGAGGAAUAUUUCGAAAAUGUGAAAGCUCCAAAACAAAAAAUGUGCUCAAUUAUGUAA